GCCUCCUCAUGCCAUUUCUGCAGCGUGCGGUGAAGGCGCCUUUUAGACAGCCGUGGGAGUGACAUGCGUGGACGGUGUCUUUGCUGGUUGUAGUGGAAAGAGUGGAUCAUGGCCACGGAGGGGAAGGUCAUCAAAUGCAAAGCAGCUGUAGCCUGGGAAGCAGGGAAACCUCUCUCCAUUGAAGAGGUGGAGGUGGCACCUCCGAAAGCACAUGAAGUCCGCAUUAAGAUUGUGGCUACAGCUGUGUGUCAUACGGAUGCAUACACUCUGAGUGGAGCAGACCCUGAAGGCUGCUUUCCUGUGAUCCUGGGUCAUGAAGGAGCUGGGAUUGUGGAAAGUGUAGGAGAAGGUGUUACCAGAGUCAAAGCAGGAGACAAAGUUAUUCCUUUGUAUAUCCCACAAUGUGGAGAAUGCAAGUUUUGCGUGAAUCCCAAAACUAACCUCUGCCAGAAGAUAAGAGUUACUCAAGGCCAGGGACUGAUGCCUGAUGGUACCAGUAGGUUUACCUGUAAAGGAAAGCCAGUUUUCCACUUCAUGGGCACAAGUACCUUCUCCGAAUACACUGUUGUAGCUGAAAUCUCUGUCGCUAAAAUAGAAGACUCGGCUCCGCUGGACAAAGUCUGUCUGCUUGGCUGUGGUGUCUCCACUGGAUACGGGGCAGCUAUCAACACCGCCAAGGUUGAGUCCGGCUCCACGUGUGCGGUGUUUGGCUUGGGAGGAGUUGGCCUUGCGGUCAUCAUGGGCUGUAAAGUCGCUGGAGCCACUCGAGUCAUUGGGGUUGACCUCAAUAAAGACAAGUUUGGGAAGGCAAUAGAGUUUGGGGCAACUGAGUGUAUUAACCCUCAGGACUACAACAAGCCCAUUCAGGAAGUUCUGAUUGAAAUGACAGACGGUGGCGUGGACUAUUCCUUUGAGUGCAUCGGCAAUGUUGGCGUUAUGAGAGCUGCUUUGGAAGCAUGUCACAAAGGCUGGGGGACAAGUGUUGUGGUCGGAGUAGCUGCAUCUGGCCAGGAAAUCUCAACUCGUCCAUUUCAACUUGUUACUGGGCGGACUUGGAAAGGAACAGCAUUUGGAGGUUGGAAAAGCGUGGAAAGCGUGCCAAAACUGGUCUCUGAAUACAUUGCUAAAAAAAUAAAGGUUGAUGAAUUCAUUACUCACGUCCUACCCUUCAGCUCUAUUAAUGAAGCCUUUGAGCUAAUGCAUACUGGCAAGAGUAUUCGAACAGUUUUAAACUAUUAAAAACGUUUGUGCAAGAGCCUUGUUCUCGGUAGACAGCGGUAUGCACUCUCCAAGACAUCUGCACCGGUGUACACACAUUGAAUACGACCUGCGUAAAAUCUUUAAGCCCGGGAAAACUCAACUGAAGUAAUUUCUGUAUUUCCACCAGUUUAGUAGGUUCAUUUCUAAUUAAACAAAUCAAACACA